AUGGACAGAUUCCUAAUAAACAAAAAGGAAACUACUUCCAGAUAUGCACAAAGAAACUUCUAUGAUCUUGGAACUAAAGAGGAAAUGUAUGAGGCAAGGUUUGCCUGUUCCAUGGGCGAAAUUCCGUAUUUAAGUACUGUUGGAAGCCAAAACCUUGGGCCAAGAAUAAUCAUUCAGCCAUAUAGACAAUUGAAGGUUAAAUCCCUUCCCGACGACUUCUAUAGCAGUCUAAUUGACUGGUCAGGAGAAAAUGUAUUUUUCACUGCAGACAACUGUUUGUUUGUUCACAACUUCUUUUCCUCGAAGACAUUGCAGAUUUGUAAUCUUAGCAGUCUUGGAAUAACAUCUGUGAAAUAUAACCCAACCACUAGCACUGUUGCCCUUGGGACUUCUAUCGGUGUCAUGUUGAAUGUUGAUAUAGCCUCUCUAAAGAUAACCAGGUAUUCAUUCCACAGAUCAAGAAUAGGUGUAAUCGAGUCGGAAAAUGCAAACAUUAUAACUGGAAGCAGAGAUAGAAAAAUAAAGAUAACAGAUCUUCGCUCGGAGAAGGCUGUGGCAACCAUUCUACACCAUCGUCAGGAGGUCUGUGGAUUAAGCAUAAGCAAGGACCUUAGGUUUCUUGCAUCCGGCGGGAACGACAAUAGACUUUAUAUUUAUGAUUACAGGAACUUAUCCCAUCCUCUUAAACAAUGUUCCAGCCACAAGGCCGCAGUGAAGGCCAUAAGUUGGUCCCCUCUUUCCCCAAACCUGUUGGUGUCUGGUGGAGGAACUGCAGACAAAACAAUCAAGCUAUGGGACAUGAAUCUCGUAAACUCGAGUAGAUCAAGCUCGUGUUUGAUAAGAUCUGUAGACUAUGGCUCUCAAAUUUGUAAUCUAAGAUGGUUGAAGUCCAACAAGAUCCUGAGUACACACGGAUACUCAAAAGAUGACAUCAGACUGUCACAGAUGUCCUCUUUCAAGGUAGAAAGAUACUUCUUGGGGCAUAAGAACAGAGUGAUCCACUUUUCCUGUUCCGACGAUGAAAAGUACUUUGUAUCUGGAUCUUCUGAUUCUAACAUAAACUUUUGGGAGUUGGAUGGGGAGAGGGAUGAUGAAAUAAAGAUUAGAUAA